GUCAGACCUCCUUGUCGUGAGAAACGUAACCCAGAGCAAGAGCCUAUGCAACAUCAAGAUGGAGGAUCGGCAGGAGGGGGAGGAGGCACGUAAAGCACUAGAGUGGGAGCUGUCACUGGACAGCAGGGACCUCAGGUCGCAUGCUUGGUACCAUGGCAGCCUUCCCAGGAGUGUUGCAGAGUCCCUCCUCAACAGAACAGGCCAGUUCCUAGUCCGCGACUGCUCGUCCCAGCCAGGAGCCUAUGUCCUUACAACCAGGUCUGAGACAGGGGCUUCCUUGCAUUUUGUAAUUAAUAAGGUUGUAAUACAGCCAGAUACAGUAUAUGAAAGAGUUCAGUAUCAGUUUGAAGAUGAGCCUUUUGACACAGUCCCAGAUUUGAUCACUUACUAUGUAGGAAGUGGAAAACCUGUAACUGCUGCCUCAAAAGCAAGAAUACAGUACCCAUGCAACAGGUUAUACCCUCUCAGCUGGGGCCGAUGGGAGCCGUGCGUACCACCAAGGGUGCCAGACAAAAAGAGGAGUCUUUCAUUAGCUCCUGAGCCAAGGCUUGCUCUGUCGAGAAUCGAUGACAGGAGUAAUUCUGCCGAUGGUGUUAUUCAAGAUGCAAGAUUGCAAGGUUUUGUGAAUCCGAAAUUUUCUACACAUUCCCUACCGAGAGGUAAAUUGAACAGGUUAUCCAGAGUAACCUCAGACCCCACCCUCAGUCCAAGCCAAGCUAGGAGGUCCUUCCCAGCUCCACCGCCAAAACCAGCUAGGCCUACAAUUCUGGAAGAUCAUUAUUCUACCUGUCAAAGCUCCAGAUAUCACUCCGGGAGUGAUUCAGGAAAUGGUUCAGGAGAUUCAUGCCAAAGUUCCGCAGACAUAUCUGACUCAGCUGUAACAUGUGCCUUAACAAGGGGAGGUCAUGGAGGAGUCAUUGUUAGGUAUUCACUUUCGACGACUACCCUAAAGGCUACGGAUUAUGAUUCUGGUCUAGAGGAUAUUCCACCACCAAAUGUUUCACUCGAACUUCCAACAAUAUUUAAUCUAGAUGCAUUUCAAACAAUUCUCCUACCUUUAACUGAAAACAAACCGCUCGACGCCACUGCACUGAAAGGGGUUAGGUCCCUUCUUCAAGACAAUGGUUCUCGGGUCAUAGCAAACCAUCUAACUAGGGCUGACCUCGAUUUGAUUUUGGAACCCAGAGAGACAGGGGUGUUGGGUGCAUCAUCUGGUCUCGAAUUGGUUGCUUUACCCUUUGGCCAUCAAAUGAGGCUUGAUUUAAUUGAAAGGACUAUAUGUUUGAAGCUGCUUGUUGCUGUUACGAUUUUGACUUGCAAUGCAGAUUCAGAAAGAGCUGAAACUCUCAACAAAUGGAUACAAGUUGCAAUUGACACUAAAACAGCACUUGGGAAUCUUUUUGGUUUCAAUGCAAUAAUGAUGGGACUUUGUAUGCCUCAGAUCCAGCGACUAAGUGUUACUUGGCAUAUAUUACGACAAAAUUUUACUGAUUCAGCAUUCAACUUUGAAGCCAAACUACGCCCGACUUUGAAGAACAUGAAUGAGUGCAACAAUCCUCAGGCACCUAAUACAACAAUUCCUCAUCUGUUACCAUAUUUGCUUCUUAUGGACAGGACAACUGAAGACAUGAUAGGAAGUGUCACCAACACAAAUCUUGAAGCUAUGUGUAUUUCAACUUGGGAAACUUCAGCAGAUGAUCUUGGGUUGACCACCCUCAACAACCACCUAAUGGAUGCUCGCAAGUUCUUGAAAAAUCUGGGCUCUUAUAGAAGGAAUGCUCAAAUCGUUCUAGGAGAAGCAAAAAUAGUUGCUCUUCUCGGGGAUGUUUUUCGGACCGAAUUCCAAAUGAAGUUUCUCUGGGGUAGUCGUGGAGCUGGCGUCGGAGCUGGUGAAAGAAGAAAUAAGUUUGAGCAGAUCCUUUCAGCAAUGUCAGAAAUGUGCGAAGCUAGAUCUCCACCUCCCUCACCGGCUCCUGUUUCCCCCGGACAAUACAAUCCAAUAAUUGGAACGAGUGUUUAA